AUGGGUGGGCCUCCACAUGCCAGUGGCGUUCUCGUGGCGGACGGGGCAAUGGGAACAGUGCUGGAAAGCUGGGGAGUAGAGUUCGAGAGGGCAGGGCCUAUGUGGUCAUCCUCUGUUCUUUUAUCAGAUGAGGCUUUGGUGCAGCGUGUUCAUCAGGCGUACGUCGAUGCCGGGUGUGAUGUGUUGCUGACGUGCACGUACCAAAUGUAUGGAGAGGGCUGCGCGGCAUCGGAAGUCAGUAUGACGGAACUGGUGGAUCGAGCCGUCCGCACGGCACGCCGCACCAUGCCGGCUCGAAAAGAAGCAAUACCAACAACAAAGGCACCAGUGGAAGCAGCAACACUGAAAGCCGGCAGGAUGAUUGACGCUGUUGGUGUAUUUUCCCCCGCGAUUUCCUCCGCGGGAGGGGACGCGACAGAGAGGACUAUUUUGCUCGCUGGAAGCCUCGGGCCCUACGGUUGUUCACUUCCUAAUGGUCAAGAGUACCGGGGCGACUACGAUGUGGACGACUCGCUCAUCGAGGCGUUCCACGGCGGGCGUCUGGAAGCAUUCACAGAGCAGUUGGGAGAAGAGACACAUCUUAAGGUGGAUUUCUUGUUGUUUGAGACAUUUCCACGCCUAGACGAGGCUCUUGGGAUUAUUGCGUGGAUGCAGCGGCGUGUGUCCUUUCGUGCUGUGCCAGUGUGCUUCAGCUUUGUCGCAGCAGCAAUAAAGUCAUUCUUCCCAGAGGAUGGUGAUAAUAGUGCAUUGGAGGAGUGGUGGAGGAGUGCCACGGCGUCCGCUCAUCUUCCAGACGGUAACACGUUUGAGUCUGUUCUCUAUGCCCUGCAGAAGUGUCACCCGUUCCCUUUGGCAGGUAUCGGCUGCAACUGCGCUGGGCCUCUGGAGGUAGGACUCGUGGCGAGCGCCAUGCUCAACCGAAAGAGGUGCACCGAGAAGGAGCCGGCUCUCGCACUGCUGCUUUCACCCAACUCGGGCGAGACAUACAAAGACGGGCAGUGGUAUCAUACGCCCCAGGCAUUGCGAACUGCGGACACGAAGGGAAGCAGCAGCAGCAGCAGCAGCACUAGGAGCAGUUCACUGUUAGAGCUGCAGAGAAAAUUGGCACAGGGUGGUGGGGACGUGUGUACAUGCGUGCAAUUUAUCAUGCAGCUGCUGCAACAACGGCCUGCGGCGAAUGACUGGCUGUUCAAAGUGGUUGUUUUUGGAACGUGUUAUCGCUCAACACCAGAGGACACUGCGGCAUUGAAAGCGAUGUGUUGUUGA